AUGGGGAAGGGGGUGCCCCAGGCCGGCCAGCAGACUCGAAACGACAACCAGACUCCGGCGGGGUCGGAUGGGUUUCAGCACAGGGCACGCCUGACGCACAGACGCGCCCCACAGGCGCCCAGGGGGCUCCCGCCCCCAGGACCCCACCACCCCAACCCCAACCGCCACCGACCCGCCACCGCCAACCACCCAGCCGAGCGCGGCACAGAGGGGGGCGCGACGCCGCAAAAGCCCUCCCCACCACACGGCGCCGCCCCCGCACGGGUGGCCGGAGCCACCGUGACGAGACCGACACCGGCGGGUGGGAGGAGGCGCGCGGCCCCCCCCCGCCAGUCGGACGGGGCGAGAGGGGAGGCGGGCGAGGUGAAGGGAGGAGGAGGAGGGGAUAGGCCAGGGCAAGGGAGCGGAGCCAGGGGGAGAAGCGGCGGGGCGGGCCGGCCGAGGCCGGCCACCCCCAGCCCCGACUCCCCACGGGCCCACCACCCCGACCCCGAGGUGGAUGGGCACAGGCCCCCGGGGGUCUUUAAACCUCCGCGCCGGAACGCGCUAGGUACCUGGAGCAAGAGAGCCAGAGGAGAGGCGAGGACAGGACACACGCGGCCGGGGCCGGAGGUAGCGGGCAAGCGGGGCCGCCGUGGGCCCGCGGCACGGCGAGGCGAGGCGAGGGUCGGGACGCACGGGGCUGAGGUCGCCGCACGCCCCCCCCCGCGGGGCUCGGCCGCCACGCCCCCGGACCUCCAGAGGGCGGGGACCAGGGGUUCGAGACGGGCACGCCAGAGCCAACGGAGGCACGCACGGCACACCGCCGCCACCGCCGCCAACACCUCAGCAAGCCAGGCCCGCGAACCACAGCCCCACAGGCACGGCAACAACCGCCGCCCGCUCCCUUCGACGCGCGACACGCGCCGCCCCGCCCUUCCGCUCCCCGGCAGGCGCAGGCAACGAGACAACACGGCGGGACGGGGAGAGAGAGAAGCUGCUGCACCCCCGGCCGAGGACGGGGAGGGGAAAAGGGGGAGCGAGGGACGCACGACGGCAGCGGCGACGACCACCAGCCAGCCACCCGCGCUAGCCGGUGGUGGUGCCCCAGACCCCGACCCCGGGGAGGCACGGCGAGGGAACCUCCCCCCAACGCGGCAACCCCCCCUGAGGAGGGGACCGUGGGGAGGAGGGGCCAGGCCCCCCGACACCACCCCGAGGCAGGGACGGGGGCAGCCGCCGACACCGCCGCCGCCACGCGGCUCACUGCCCCGAUGUCCCCGGCAAGAUCCCCGGACCCGCCGGCACCGAGAGACACAGCUCCUCCUGCCAUCCCCCCGGGCGCACGGGUGGACCGCACGCCGACACCGCACACACAGCCAGCCACAGACAGACCGUGCACGGGCGGGCGGUCCUCGUUAA